UAACAAGAAAAAUGAAAAAUUAUAAACAUAUAAAUUUAAAUUAAGAAAAAAUAACAUCAAAAAAACAAGAAGUUAAUGUAAAAGAAAAAACCGACAAAUAAUAUUACAAAUAAAAUAAAUUUAUAAGAUACAAUCCGCGCGAAGCGCGGAAAAAAUCUCUAGUUAAAGAUAAAUCAUCUAAUAAGUAAAAGGGGAAUACGCUCAGCGCUCAGACGUCCACGUCGGAUGAAAUAAUCAGCCAAUCCCGUUGCAUCUUUCUUCCACGUCUGUGCUUCGUUGGGCUUCAUUACGAUGGGCUUCGUUAUGUUUUAUUUUUGUUAUGUACCUGGCCCAUAAGCCCAUAAGCUUGGCCAAACGGAGAACACCGUAUCGAGCCUCCACGAACCCUAGCCUUAUUUCUCUUGCGCAGACCGCAUCGUGCCUCGACGAACCUCGACGAACCCUAACUUCAUUCUCCCUUGCGCAGACAAAUAUCUCAUCCCUUUCGUCCUUCCCACUUCUUCCCUUUAUCGGUUUCGUCUGUUCAUUCACUCCUUCAUAAAAUCCUCAAUAACCUCCAUUAAUGGAUCCCUUUCGCAUCCCUCACUCUGAUUUCUUUUAUAACCCCGAUCAUUCCACCAGUUUGAUUCCCCGCAAAACUAUCUUCUCUCCCGAUGAAUUCCAACAGCAAAAACUCCGCAUCCGGCGAUCUUAUCUCCAAGAAACCUAACGGGAAGGACGAUGUCUCCUCCGCCGCACCGGUCAAACCCUCCGCCGCAUCGAUGAAACCCUCCGCCGCGGCGAUGAAAAUCUCCGCCGCACCGACGAUCCCCUCCGUCGCACCGACGAUCCCCUCCGCCGCAUCGAUGAAACCUAUUGGCCAAUCCGGUGUCUCCGGUGAUUCCUCUUCGACAAAACGUAACGGCAAGGCCGUUGUCUGCUCCGAUGUCCCCUCCAACAACAGCGAACGCGUCGUGUUCUUCAAAGAUGUGACGUUUGGACCACAAGAAGACGAGUUAAGAUUUCGUCUGAUCCAUUUUUGGGAGGCAAAACACGCAUUCUCGAAGAUACUUAUGGGUCUAGAGAUGCUUCUGGUUGACGCAGAGGGCACUGUGAUUCAGGGAUUCAUCCCACCAUCAAGGAUGGACACUUAUCUACGACACAUGAAGCCCGGUUCCACCUACAGACUUACCAAUUUUUUUGGUUCUAAGACCAAGAAGGUGUACCGGGUUGCUGAUCCAGACGUGACCAUUGCGUUCUCAUGGAAGUCUGUCCUCUCCGAUCUCACAGACACUUCGACUUGGUUUCCUGAAGACCGUUUUCGUUUCCAUGGUUAUGAACAGUUCGAAGCGGCCUGUGACCUCAAAGGGGAUCUGUAUGAUUUUAUUGGUCAUAUCAAAUUGGUGAAUGAGCAGGCUCUUAACGAGAGUUUUGUGCUUGAUGAAGUUGAGAUAGCUUCUGAUCGGCGAAUUUUGGUUCAUGUUCAGACACAUGAUGGUCCUGUGAUGAAGCUCUACAUAUGGGACAAGGUAGCAACAGCCUUUUGCGAGAAGUUUAGAUCGCUUGGAAAACCUCCGAGUGUUAUCAUGGUGACAACUGUGAAUCCUAAGCGAUUAGGAGGUGCUUUGUCUCUGUCAUCUCUAUCAUCUUCACGGGUUUUUUUUGAUACGGAUGUUCAUCAAACCAGGGAGUAUCUGGCUUGGUAUGUAUUCAUCUUUAUAUUUGCACCGUUUACGUUAAUCUACCGAUUGUGUUGCUUAUUUUAUUUUUUGAACAUUUCUAGGCUUGAAUCAAACUCGGAAGUUGCUAAUAGAGUUAAUGCUGAGAUUGUCACCAAGGCUGAGACAGCUACAAUAGGUGAGCUACUCACUUACAUGAAGCAGGAAGGAGCGAAGGUUGCUUGGUUCGAGUGUACGGCCACCAUUGAUGAUGUUGUGCGUGGCUCAGCUUGGUACUACAUUGCUUGUGGUGGAUGCAAGACUAAAGCUACUAAAGGACCUACCACGCUUAUGUGUAGGAAGUGUGGAAAGACUGAGAUUACUGGUGCUGCAGAGUAUCUCAGCAAGCUAUCUGUCUAUGACAACAAUGAUCAUGCGAGCUUUGUACUUCUCGGUGACGCUGGGUUUGAGUUAACUGGGAAGAAAGCAUCUGUAUUGGUUGAGAGUUACUAUGAGGCUAAUGAGGGAUCAGGAGAUGAUCAUGUAGUCCCGGUGCCUCAAGUCCUUAUUGACACCAUCGGACAGAAACGCACGUUCGUUAUCAAGAUAUCAAAGCACAACUUGGAAGGCAAGACUCAAGCUUUGACUGUCACCAAGGUACUCCCUCUCGAGGUUCCAGCACUUGGAUACGAUUUAGCCGCCGACGUGGUUGCCUCUCCUACUGCAGAUGAGGGGGUGAAAAGAGGUGCUGAUAUGAUUGUGUCAGAUGAUGCUAAGCGUGCAAAAAGUGGCUAAUAUGUUUUGUGUACUUGGGUUGUGUUUGAAGAACGACUAUCUGUUUGUUCUUUUGCUUCUGGUUUUGUUUUUUCUUUGUUGAAAUAUUAUGAUUUGGUCUGUUUGGUUCAGUUUUUGUGUUGACAUUAUUUAUAUAUCGUAUUUUCUAUUUGGAUAAUUUUUGCUUCGUUGGUUCAUUUGUUUAUGUUGAGGUUUGACCUUUUUUAAGUUGCUAAAAUUUAUACAGUAUUUUUAUUUUUA